AUGGCUUCAAAAUUCACCAUCACCUUACUCAUCACCCUAAGCCUCACAACCCAUAUCAAGGCCGAUAUCCCCGUCUCCAUCUUCUCCUACACGCCUUACCUCCGACAGCGAGAAUGCGUCAAAGAUUGCAUCUGGCAUUCGGGUCCCACAGCAGAAGACCUCAUCGUUGCCCUUGAGUGCAGAGGGCCAUGGGUUAACGAAUGUUAUUGCAGCGGCAACGAUGAUUACGAACAGGCCAGCACAGCUAGCUCCUUUCUCAGGAGCUGCGUGGCCAAGAGUUGCCGAACUUCGUCAACCGAUUCACUGGUUACGAGCGCUUUUGACCUUUAUGAUGAGUACUGCGCCGAGGCGGGGAUGGCGGCACCUUUGGUGGUGGCUAGUCCUACCAGGACGGAGGAUAAGGUGACGGGUGUAGUGACUGGGUCGGAAGGAGAUCGGGGGCCGACGGCGGGUGGAGGAUCUGGUUCAGGAAUGUCUAAUGAAGGUUCAGGUUUAUCCACCGGCGCGAAAGUCGGGAUAGCAGUCGGCUCUGCAGCCGCUGCUUUGGCGCUGGUUGCAUCUGCUGUCAUUACCUGGCGACUAAUGGUCAACGCUCGUGUAUCUCCUCCCCGGCCGGCGCAGCAAUGCUACUGAAGUCCGAACAAAU